AUGUCCAAUCCUACACCCCCUCCUCCAUUGAAUAAUGAUAUUUUGGAACUUAUUGGAAACACACCAUUAGUUAAAUUGAAUAGAAUCCCCCAAUCGUUGGGUAUCAAAGCCAAGGUGUAUGCCAAAGUUGAGUUGUUUAAUGCUGGUGGUUCCAUCAAGGAUAGAAUUGCCAAAAACAUGGUUCUUGAAGCCGAGAAACAAGGUAGAAUUAAGCCGGGCUAUACUUUAAUUGAACCAACCUCAGGUAACACUGGUAUUGGUUUAGCAUUAGUGGGUGCGGUAAGAGGAUACAGAACCAUUAUUACUUUACCUGAAAAGAUGUCAAACGAAAAAGUAUCCGUCUUGAAAGCUUUGGGUGCCGAAAUCAUCAGAACCCCCACCGAAGCUGCCUUUGAUGAUCCAGAAUCGCACAUUGGAGUUGCAAGAAGAUUGGAGAAGGAAAUUCCGAAUUCGGUUAUUUUGGACCAAUAUUCAAAUGUUGCCAAUCCAGACGCCCACUAUUACGGUACUGGUUAUGAGAUUUGGGAGCAAACUGAGGGUAAAGUUACCCACUUGGUUGCUGGUGCCGGUACUGGUGGUACCAUAAGUGGUAUGUCCAGAUAUUUAAAGGAAAAGAAUUCAAAAGUCAAAGUCACAGGCGCCGACCCAAAGGGCUCUAUCUUGGCCGAACCUUCAAGCUUAAAUGACAGCACCGAGGGUUAUUUGGUUGAAGGUAUUGGCUAUGAUUUUAUUCCCGAUGUAUUGAACAGAAAGUACGUUGACAACUGGAUUAAAACCGACGACGACGAGUCAUUCAAGUUGGCAAGAAGAAUAAUUAGAGAAGAAGGCAUUUUGGUUGGUGGUUCAUCCGGAUCAGCUCUUCAAGCUGCUUUGUUAGUUGCCAAGGAUUUGACUGAGGACGAUGUUGUUGUUGUUGUGUUCCCAGAUUCCAUUAGAUCUUAUUUGACUAAAUUUGCUGAUGACGAAUGGUUGAAAUCAAAUGGAUUUACAGUCGAAGAAGACGAAGCCACAAAUAAGAGCGACGAAUUCUUGAACAAUAAAACAAUCAAGGACUUGGUUGCAGGUAAACCACCUGUUGUUACCGUCACUCUGGCUGACACUGUUGCUAAAACCUUUGACCUUUUACAGUCAAAUGGUUUUGACCAAUUACCUGUGUUGAACAAAACAGGCCAAUUGAUUGGUUUGAUCACCUUGUCGAAGAUUUUGAAAUCGUUAUCCACAAAGAAGGUUCAAUUGACAAACUCCAUUAGCUCAAUCAUUAUAGAUUUUAGAAAGUUGGCCGAUUUUGAAAAAUCAAAGUCUGUGCACAAGGAAUCGGGAUUCACAAAACGAAACUACGAUAUAAUAACCUUGGACACUAAAUUGAGCGUAUUAAACAAGUUUUUCGAAACAAACUCCAAUGCAAUAAUCACUGAUGAGGAGUUGAAGCCAGUUCAAAUUGUCACCAAGGUCGAUUUACUCUCCUACUUGACAAAAAAUGUUUCUUAUUAG